AUGUCAUCACUUUCAGGCUCAGGCCAGUCCAGCGUCGGAAACCGCAGUAUCUACGAGGCAGGCGACCAGCGCAAUGUCCCUGUUUCCGAGCUCCAAGAGCGCGCUCGUUACGCCGAGGGUAUGCCUCAAAGCCACAAGAACCUUGAUUCCAAAGAUGGCCGCACCAUUGCCAAUAAGCUUGCCUCCCAAGAGACAAAGAUUGGUACCACGCACCACCGGCACAACGAGUACGACGCCGAGGCCGAGUUGAGCAAGCAAGAUCCCACUAAGCCCGCUGUGACGCAUGGCAAUGCUCCUUCCAAGGGCGCUCAGAUUGAUGCCGAGCUCAAGGCUGAUGAUGAGCAGCGUCUGCAGGAAAAGGGCAUUAAGAAGUAA